UUCGUAAAUGACUGCUGAAUGUAUGAGUCCAAGAUGAGUUUUUUCAACAGCGAUGUGCCAGAAAUAGUGCUGAAGAGCCUCUUCUCAAAAUAUGACAAAGACGGCAGCGGCUCGCUUAACAGCGAAGAGCUGAAGACGAUGGCGCAAAACGACUUAGGCAUGAACAAGAACCAGGCCGAGGCCUUCAUCAUGCUGGGUGACAAGGACGGCAACCAGAGGAUCAGUUUCCAGGAGUUCUACGAGUGGAUCAAGAGCGGGGAGCGCUUCUCCAUGAUCGACGACUCGUCCCGCUUCUUCCUCGUCCGCAAGGCCAUCGAGUUGUUCAAGAAGUUCGACAAGGACGGCAGCGGGGUGCUGGAGAAGGCCGAGAUGGACGAGGUCCUGAUGUCCUUCGGGGCCAAGCGGGAGCACCUGGAUGCCCACCUCAAGGCCAUCGACAAGGGCGGGGACGGCACGGUGUCCUUCUCUGAAUUCCUGGAUUAUUUAAAUUGGCUGCCUAGGCAAUGAGUUGGGUGAUCGGUGGCAGUUUAUCAUUCUUAUUAUGUGGUGGUGGGCAAAGGGUGAAAACAAACAAUUUAUGCAGAGCUCCGGCAAAAGAAAAUGAGGAUUUGCUCGCCCUCACAUUAAUCCACCUGGAUCUAACCUCGUUCCCAGGGUGCAAUAGCUAGCAGGCAUGCCACUUCUCGGAUCCGCUGAUGUUUUCGUUUUUUACUUCUCAUGAAUGCCAUUCAAAUUGAAUAACACUGUGCACAGUCUUGUGUUGUUUGGAAUUUCCUCUUUUUGUUCUAAAUGUAAAUUCCAAGUUGCAUGCCAAUAUAACUAUGUGUCAACUCAACAGUUCAGUUACAUGUACAUGUAGUAUGCUUUGGUCUAUGGAACGCCAAAUCUGCAUUACCGUACAUGUAGUUCGAAUCAUUUGUCAGACUAAUUCCAUUGGACAAUUUCAUUGUUUAGUUCUUGAAACUCCUCAAUCUUUUCUGCGAAUUCAAAUUUCAUCCUGCAAAUUCACCAGUCUAUUCAGCAAUUGUAUCAUUCCUUUCUUCAUUUGUAUUACCGCAUUCAGUGAAUUCAUAAUUGCAUUCUGCAGAUACACCUUUUAAUUUGCCGACUUUAUCAUUCCAUUCGGCGAAGUCGUCAUUCCCUUUCUGCAAUUUCAUUAUCUCAUUCGGCGAACACAUCCUGAUAAAUUCGCUGAAUGAGUGGUGAACUUACCGAACGAGCAUGAUUUCGCGAAAUAAAAUUAUGAUUUUCCCAAAUGUAAUACUGAUUUUGCCAAAUGAAAUGGGGAAUUCGCAGAACAGAAUGAUAAAAUUGUGAAAUGAAAUAACAGGGAGUGACAAAUUUGCUGAAUAGAAUGGUGAGUUUGCCGAAUGGAAUGAUUAGUCUGCCGAAUGGGGUGAUAAUCUAUGGAAGGCAGAUUUGGCUUUUCAUUCGCCGACUGUAUCAUUUCAUUCGGCGAAGUUGUCAUUCCCUUUCUGCAAUUUCAUUAUCUCAUUCGGCGAACACAUCCUGAUCAAUUCGCCAAAUAAAAUGGUGAACUCCCCAAACAAACCUGAUUUCGCAGAAUGAAAUUAUAAUUUUGCCAAAUGAAAAUACUGAUUUUGCCAAAUGAAAUGGGGAAUUCGCAGAACGGAAUGAUAAAAUUGCGAAAUGAAAUAACAGGGAGUGACAAAUUUGCUGAAUAGAAUGGUGAGUUUGCCGAAUGGAAUGAUUAGUCUGCCGAAUGGGGUGAUAAUCUAUGGAAGGCAGAUUUGGCUU